CAAUCGACAUUUUUCCAAAAACGCUCAUGUACAAUAACACAUCUUUUACGAUUCAAACUCAAACACAUCACAAGUCGUUUUACGCCGGACAUUCAACAAAUUAACACAAUUGUGGUACAUUUUCUAAUCACCUUAAAUUGGAAUGUAUAAGUAUCAAAAUUACCAACUUGGAACUAAAGAAGUAGAAGAUUAUAUCAAAAGCCUAUGGGAUAAUGAUAACAAUGAUUUUGAACAAUUGAGUGUCUCACAUAACCAACGCCAAAACAUCCCUGUUUGGCCAACUGCGAUCUAUCCUUCCAAUAAUUAUACUUCACAGUUCAAAUUAGACCAAUUAAACAAUAGCGAAUGCACUAAAAUGUUGACCUUUAAUGGGCACACUAAGAAACCUAGCUUGGAGAUAUUUUCAAAACAAACGAUCGUUAAUCAAUUAAUGGUCGAACCAGUAUUAAUGUGGCUAAAUAUUAAGGAUCUAAUUAAUUACACAUGGUUCUUUAUAGAACUUAGUAUCGGUGAAAUUGAGGCAAUCAAUGAAAAUAAUAUAGAUUAUUUUAUAUCUAAGAUUAAUAAAAACUCUAUGACAAGAGCGGCAAAAAAAAAAAUCUGCUUCGAAACAAAAUUAUUAAGAGAUCGAAAGUCAACAUGUCAAAAGUUGAUAUUGUUUUUGGAUUUAGAGGUUACUCCAAAUGAAUUGUGGGAGUAUAUUACCUGUGUGCAUGACAUACUUUUUAGUCCAAUACCAAAUAAAAACUGUAUGAUCGAUGACAAACUACAAGAAGAUAUAAUUCUAAUCAUGCAAAAAUUGUUAUAUCAACUUUACGAUAAAAUAAGCGGUAAAGGAAAAUAUUUCAUUCAUAGCCAAUUUGGAAUGUCAAUCAACAAAUAUUUGAGAUGCACGUUUCUAAUAUCCAUGAAUGAAGCAUUUACAAAUAACCAAGUCGAAAAAACAAUCAUUUUUGCUGAAAUGCUGAAAAAUAAAGUAUAUGGAAACAUUGGUCAGUAUAACGCUUAA